AUGAAAUUCUCCGUCAUUCUCCCUCUUCUCCCCCUCCUAGCUGUCGCAUCUCCCACCUGCAAACCAUCAUCCCCAGGAGAUAGCCUCACCGCAGCCCAAAUCGAAGCCGUCGCGCCCAAAUCCUCGUCGUGCGCGAACCCCGACGAAGUCGCACCAGAGGAGUGCGCAACAGCCGCGCAGGCCGCGCCCGCGCUUACAACCGCGUUCAAGAAAUAUGGUGUAACCUCCAAGGCAGAGCAGGCUGCUGUUCUUGGUCUGAUUGCAAUGGAGAGCGGCGAGUUCCGGUUUAGCAGGAACCAUUUCCCUUCCCCUGGUGUUGAGGGAAAAGGAACACGAAACAUGCAAUCCCCUGACUUCAACAAGGAGUAUGCGGCCUCCAUCGAUGCCCUGAAGGAGAGGUUUGAAGCGGUCAAGAGCCAGCCUGGGAAGGUGCUGGAUCUGCUUCUCGAGGACCCGGCCGUUGAUUUCGGGUCUGGUUCUUGGUUCUUGACUACGCAGUGUGAGGACAGUGUGAGGAAAACCCUCCAGAGCGGUAGUGAGGAAGGUUGGGAGGGGUAUAUUGUUGACUGUGUGGGCACGGAGGCGAAUGAGGAGAGGAAGGGAUAUUGGACCGCUGCUGUUAAGGCCUUGGGGGCUUAG